CUUUCACCAAACAACCUUCUGCCACAACCUUCCACCAAACAACCUACCUUCCCUCCCACUGCGCCAGAAGCAAUCCUCCGCAAUGAACAACAACGUGAACAUUAUCAACCAAGCCCGCCAGGGCACACUCCUUGCUCCCACAACAGCAAGCUCCGCCCCGACAGUGAUCGCGCUUGCGGAAAUCUAUCCAUAUCACCGCGUUCGCUACCCUGACCGCGAAGAUUUGGACAAAUACCUCUCAAAUGACCCUUGCGCCGCCCCAUUUAACAAGGUCCUUGAGCAGAUCUUAAAGGCCUUUGAGGUCCACAAGCUCUCCUUCCUCCCAGCCGGUUACCCGACACCCCACGACAUCUUGAACCUUGCAGCUUCGUUGUCUCUCAAAGUGGAGGAAAUGCAGAACAAUGAACCUCGAAAAUCUGUCCAGAACGGGCUGAUGUAUCUCAAUAAGAUCCUCGAAACCUCUCCGUACCUCCAAAUCCACCAGUUCGUUGUCGAUUCGUACCUGGCAUGUACCCAGAUUGGUCAGCAUGUCCAGACGUUCUUUAACUACAACGGCUCUACGGACAAUAUUAAGAAGCAGAUCUUGGAGGUCUACGAAGAGUUCUUGAGAUGGGAGGUUGAGAUAAAGGAGACGGCGGACAGGAACCACCAGCAACGGACUGUCAACACACUUGUUGCACAAGCAAGUGGUCAAGGUAUCCCGGUUUUUCAGGGCACUGUGGGAGCAAUGGGUUCUCAAGGUGGCCAGAUUGUCCAGGGAAGUGCGGGUACAAUGGGUAGUCAUGGUGGUCAGAUUGUUUCGUCUGCUCCUGGUACAUUGGGUCUUCAGACUGUACAGACUUUCGAUCCUUAUGCUAUUCUGGGGGUUCGGAGUUUGGAACAAGGCGGCAGUGUGACUGAUUGGGAUGGUGCAUUUGAGAACAAAUUGAUAUUGUUGCUUGGUCAGUUUGAGCUGGGUUUGACCGAAGGCGAUGAGAUAUUCCAGCUUGCGGAGGAAUCCGAUGACGAGAACGACGAUGAGGAGUUAUUUGCUUGAAUGGCAGGGGAUUGUUCUAUCCCACUUUGGCACAUUGGAUCUCUUUGAGUUUGGGGGAAGAUUGCGAGAUACCCUAGCAGGCUAGCAUUGCAUUUAAAGGACAAUUUCUGCCUCGUACAAUGAGUUUCCUCAAUUGUCCAUUCAACCAUAUGGUAUUCGUACAUUCAUGACUGACUAAAUCCUAGACAUCACAUCAAAUAAACUCCCUCACAACCUGCUCUGGCGCCCUCGAUGUACCAGUCCCCACGGAAUUGAACGAAGGUCUUGGCUUCUCAAUCUCCAACCCAGGUCCCAACGUAACCUUAACAUUAGCUCUCACUUUCCCAUCACCAACA